CUCCAAGCGUGUGUCCAGCGCUGCGGCUUUCAUUUCAUUGUUCGAGAGGACUUCAGAUGCUUCCCUUUCUCAUGUUAAUCAGCUGCUGCCUCUCACUUGACUACACGCGGCUUGUUCAGGAUGCAGAUGGAGCUGAAAGCACCACGGGAUCAUUCACAAGUUCCUAAGUUCCUCCCAAACACCACGUUAUUUGCAGACUCUGCGUUUGGGCGCAGGAGCGCGUGGAGACCCGCAACUUUUUCUGGACUUUCUAAAUGGACAUCAGUCCGUGAUUUUGUUUAAAAACAAGUCAUGUUUGUUCACUCAGUUUCAGCUACACGGACGAGGAGAAGUUAGAGAAAGUUUGAGGGCUUCGUUUUCAUACUUUGCGACAUGUCCGUGUUGGUGCUGCGCGUCGUGUUCGCGCUGCUGUGCGUCCACGCGACGCGCUCUGCGUUGUGUCCUGCAGGCUGCGAAUGCUCAGAAGCUGCACAAACCGUGAAAUGCGUUUCUAAAGAUCUUCGGGACAUACCGACCGGCAUUCCUACAUACACGAAGAAUUUGUUUAUUACAGGGAACCACAUUAGUCGAAUUGGUCCCGAGUGUUUCAGAGGGCUGGACAAUGUGACAACGUUAUCGCUCAGCAACAACAGGAUAUCUGAGGUGGAGUCUCACACCUUCUCUAGCCUGCGUAACCUCAGAUCAUUGGACCUGAGCAGCAACCAGCUGGUGUUGAUUCACCCAGAGGCCUUCACGAUGCAAAACCACACGCUGAAAGAGCUGAAUUUCAGCCGAGCGCUUUAUAACCACUCGUCAGUCACUAACCUGUCCACGGCUCUGCGCUGGAGCAGCCUGAACAGCCUGCUUGGGCUCGACCUGUCUAGCAAUGGCCUGAUCUUCCUGCCCCCUCACAUCUUCUUUCAUAUGAGCAAUUUGCGCCGGCUUCAGCUAGCCAACAACUCCAUAGUGUCUGUUACCAAUGAGACUUUGCUGGGUUUGGAGCACCUAGAAGAGCUUGAUCUCAGCCACAAUGCCCUUAAAACCUUCAGCAAGGAAGGAUUGAUGGAGUUGGAGCGCAUUCCAAAAGCAAAGUUACACCUUGGGCAGAACCCGUACACGUGUACCUGUGGAAUUGAGCCGUUCAUCAUGUUGCUAAAUGCCUCUCAGGACCGUGUCGUAGAUGCUGAGCAGCUGGUCUGUGUCUUUCCUAUUGAACUGCGCAACAUUUCUUUACUGUACGCCAGGACGUUGGUCCUGGGAUGCCAUCACAUAGAGGAGAGCAACAACCUGGCGCUUCAAACAUCCUAUGUCUUCCUUUGCUUAGUGCUGGGUUUUGUUGGCCUAAUGUUCCUCUUUGUGCUGUACCUGAACCGGAAAGGGAUUAAGAAGCGCAUCUAUGAAAUGCGUGACACGUGUAGAGAGAUGUGGGAAGGGUAUCAUUACCGAUACGAGAUCGAUUCCGAUCCCAGGUUGUCACAACUGUCCACAAGUGCAGAUGUGUAAUUUGGAUUACUGGUACGUCUUCAAACCUGAACUUAGGUGAUCUAUUGAUGACAAACAUUUUUAAAUAUGGACAUUGUUGUUUUAAUGUUAGCGACCUGCACAUCCAUUCAGUGCAUGAACUAGUCGUGUAUUACCGCAGCUUGUCCAUUACCACCACAUGUUCUUAAUUAGUUCCUGUAUCCCCAGAGUACGGAGUCCAAAUGACGGUUCAGGAUAGGUCUAAGUCCAUUCUGCUAUUCCCAUCAGACCUAGCAAGUGUUUACUGCUCAGGACAGGAAGUAAUUUUUAUACUAAAAUCUGUUAUACUCUGUGCUGCGGUUACAUUUUUUCCUGAGGUUCAUUGAAUGGAAGUGCUGGGCCACAAUCAGCAAGGCUGUGGAGCCAACUCAGCCCCUCUACCCACAGGGAGCUUGUGAAGAAUGUGCUUUCCUUCCUCUACAAAGCAUUCCAGUGCAUGGAUAACCUCCUCUAAGCUUACCACAGAGUCACCGAGAAACACACUUCCUUUGUACCAGAUAAACAGAAUGAAAGAAAUGGAAAAGGGGGAGAAAGAAGACCAGCUGUGGAAAUCUCUGCUCCUCUGCUUCCUUUUUUUUUUUUUUUAUUCCUCUCAUUUUUAUUGUCAGAAUGAUAAAAACCAGCCCUGCACGAGGGUUUGCUGGAGACAGCAGUGGGCCUGUUGGCUGUUUGAAGGCACAGCCUGGCUCCAGCUCUGAGGAACCACAGCAGCUUCUUGUGUUUAGUGAUUGUUACAGUGAUAUGAUGCAGAUGAACCUGGGAUGGUUUAGAAUCCCAUGUUUUACAUGUUAAACUUAUGGGACAGAUUUAACUACACAUUCUUUGUGUACUAAGAGCCAGAAUCAUGAGCUUGGAUGCCAUGGUGUUGUCAUGCAUAUGCACAGUAAGGACAUUUUAGUUUGAACUAAAGUUUGGUCACGUGACAUGAUGUAAAUUAGGAUUAGGACCUCGUCUGUAUCUCUGAAACCGAUAUGGCUACAUAAAGUGUUGUACAUUCGCAGUACAAAACUCGCUGGUUUUCAUUUAAACAAAACAUUCAUUUGUGCCUGAAGCUCAAACCCUCUUUGUUGUGAAAGUCUUUAUCCUCGUCGCUGUUCUGUUCUUGCCAACAUUUUACCGAGCUGUCAGACUGCAGUUCAUUAACCACAUAU